CAUCUGCAAUCUUUAGACCUGUUUUAUCAGCCACUGCUCGUCCAGCAGCGGCUUCAAUGCCAUUCAAAUCUUCCAUCUCUCGUCAAGCAAUCAGAGGAUUUGCGGAACAAGCUGCUCCCCCUCCACCACCACCUCAAGCAUCUUCUAAUCUUCCUUUGAUUUUGGGAUUAGGAGGUGUGGCAGGUUUGGGUGGUUACGUUUACCUAAACGGUGGCUUGAACGGCGCAACAAAAGGAAAAGUUGGUGAUGUGCAAAAUGCAGUCUCAUCUCAACUUGGCGUUCUAGACAAAAAGGAAUUCAAAGAAUUUGUCUUAAAAGAAGUUAGACCUUAUAAUCACGAUUCAAGUACUUUCGUUUUUGAAUUGCCAGAGAACCUUGCUUCCGGUUUGACUGUCGCUUCUGCUCUUUUGGUAAAGGGCGCAGGUGAAGGUGUAAAGGAUAAAGAUGGCAAAGAUGUCAUUCGUCCUUACACUCCCGUCACCAGCCCUGAUACUCAAGGUCAUUUGGACUUGCUCAUCAAGAAAUACCCAAAUGGUGCAAUGACAAACCAUAUUCACUCUCUCAAACCAGGAGACAAACUUUUGCUUAAAGGUCCAAUUGACAAAUAUCAAUACAAGCCAAACACUUUGGAACACGUUGGUAUGAUUGCAGGCGGAACGGGUAUUACACCUAUGUGGCAAGUGAUUCAAGCAAUCGCAAAUGAUAAAAGUGAUAAGACAAAGGUUACAUUGAUUUACACAAACAAAUCAGAAAAGGAUAUUCUCUUACGCGAAGAAUUUGAUAAAUUGGCAAAGAACGAUGAACGUUUCAAUGUGGUUUAUGGAUUAGACAAGAAACCAAAGAGUUUCGGAAAAGAACACUUUGAAGGUUACGUCACACCUGAACAUAUCAGCAAACAUAUGCCAGCUCCAGGAAAGGCAGACAAGAUCAAGGUAUUCGUUUGCGGUCCACCACCUCAAGUGGAAGCCAUCUCUGGUGGUAAAGGACCAAAAGGAUCUCAAGGUGAUCUCAAGGGUUUGUUGGCCGAUGCAGGUUAUCAACCCGAUCAAAUUUACAAAUUUUAAUCGUUUACCUGGAACACUUUUUUGCUAAAUUGUGAAUAGAUUGCCCCGGACAUCGAAUGUUCUCAAAGAGAUUAAUUUAUUACCACAUUAAUUAAAAGACUAUUACAGUGCG